CCAUUUGUCCAUUAUUAACAGAAGACAGAGUACGAGAUGGUUGAGCUGGUCACCUUUUUGGCAGUGUGCUGCUUGAUAGGCAUCUCUCACGUAGAAGCCGAGUGUAAUCGCAAUGGUACUUUCGAUGGCUGGAAAACAAUUGUGGGAACUGGCAGUGGAUACUUUUACAUAACCAAAUCGACGUCUUUCUACGAAAACGUGUGUACCUUCUCACAACCGCCUACGAAUACGACCACCCCUAGGAAGAGGGCACCAUUCAAGUCUGGGUAUAAGGACACGUUGGGUGAUUGGCAACAUCAGGACGGGAUUGCAGUGGGUCUCGACCAGCGAAUAGUGUACAUCUACCCCGGCAACGUAAAGAAAAAGUACAUCGUGCUUUACUCCGACUACAAGAAUUGUUAUAUUACAUACAAGACAAAGGAACUGGAACUGUGGGUACACAAGGACGCUUCAGAUCAGGACGCUCUCGGGUGCUGCAACACUAUCUUCGGGCAAGAGCUCAGAGAACGAAAACUUCAAGGCACCACACUGCGGAAGAUGAGUAAAGACUGCGAGCCCUACGACGUACAGUGACAAACACAAGUGCAGCCCUUGGCACGCUGGCAGGCGCAAUAAAACUGGGCACUUCACAAA